UGCUGAGAAUACUGUAGCCACUUUGACGAAGCGAAAUUGUCAAUUCCUCGCUGCGAGUAUAUAGCUCACUCGCUCACACUCGGAGUUCGUAGCAAAGUCAUCCCUCAUCACAUGAGCUUGCUUGUGACUGCCAGCUUCGCACAGUGUUCAUCGCCCACCAUGGAAGAAGAGCGAGCACUGUCCCCGGUGUCCGACGCCUGCACCACCUGCAGCAGCUCCGGCGCCGGUACUACCGGCCCCAACUCCCCUGUCUCUUCGUCGUCGCAGUCUUUGGAUGACACCAGCGGCGGCGGCUCGAGCAGCCGGAAGCGGCCGCGCCGGGAGCUCAAGCACCCAACGUACCGCGGCGUCCGCAUGCGCGCGUGGGGCAAGUGGGUGUCCGAGAUCCGGGAGCCCCGCAAGAAGUCCCGCAUCUGGCUGGGCACCUUCGACACCCCCGAGAUGGCCGCGCGCGCGCACGACGUCGCCGCGCUCGCCAUCAAGGGCCGCGCCGCGCACCUCAACUUCCCGGAGAUGUCCCACGAGCUGCCCCGCGCGGCAUCGGCGGCGCCCGAGGACGUGCGUGCCGCGGCGGCGCUCGCGGCCGCGAUGGACAGGAGGGAGAGCGUGGCGCCGCUGCCCACGUCUAGCGAUUCUAGCCACGGCGCCCGCAAUGACGAAAGUGAAGAGCCGGCCGCAUCUAGCUCCUCCGGCAACGACGCCGACGACAGUGUCCAGAGCGAUGAGCCGGCUGCGCCGCCGUCUGAGCAUUCGAUGCUGGUGGACGGGCACAUCCUUGAUCUCGCGCUCUUCGAGCUGCCGGACGUUCUACUCGAGUUCGGCUUCGCGCUGCCGCCACCGCCGUCGUCGACGUCUUGUGGCUACGAUUUGUCCUGGGACGAGCCGUUGCUGCUCUGGGAGCACUGACGAGCAACAGGGGGAACGCGACAUGCAUGCCAUUGUGAAGUUAGAUAGGUGCUGAUGGCCCGCAUACUGUUAGUAAUCAGCAUUAAUCCGUUCUGCUCCUGCGUCAAUCGUGAUGCGAAAACUUACAGAUUGCCGAGUGCACAUGAUAGCAGAUACAUAGUUUAUCGAUUCAUAGAUUUGUAACAGCCCAAUAAACUUCCUCAGCUGUAAACUUUCCAGCUUGUGAUCAAGAUUCCAGGACUUGCAAUCCAUGACAUUGACAUUUACUUUGGA